GUUUCAAAAUAACGUAUCAAUCUCAGCAUUCUAAGCACACUCUUUUCUACAACCACCACCUUGCCUGAAAAGCCCUAAAACAUAAAAUAUAUAAAAACUUAACAAAAAAGCGGUUCUAGAGUCGCCUCUUGUGUCCGUCUCGUCUCGUUGAUCUCUAUUCGGCUUGGUCAUGCUUAUCCACGUUCCCUAGUCAAAGAAAAAGUACUCAAGCAGUAACGACCCCACAAACCCAGAAAAAAAAAACAUGUCUUCCGCUCCUGAGGCUGCAUCGAUCGUCCAACCCGACGCUGCCGCGGUGUCUGCUCCGGCACCUGCCCCUUACAAUCCGGCUCCCCAGCACUCGGUGGCUUCUCCCUCCGCUUCUCUCUACGUCGGGGAGCUCGAUCCCACCGUUAGUGAGGCGAUGUUGUUCGAGAUUUUCAAUAUGAUUGGCCCUGUCGCCAGCAUUCGCGUGUGCCGCGAUGCAGUCACUCGUCGCUCCCUCGGCUACGCGUACGUCAAUUACUUGAAUACGGGUGAUGGCCAACGUGCCCUUGAACAACUUAACUAUUCCCUUAUCAAGAAUCGUCCUUGCCGUAUCAUGUGGUCCCAGCGUGAUCCCGUCUUGCGCAAGACCGGCCAAGGUAAUAUUUUCAUCAAGAAUCUUGAUGAACAGAUCGACAACAAGGCUCUCCAUGACACGUUCGCUGCCUUUGGAAACGUGUUGUCUUGCAAGGUCGCUACCGACGAACAAGGCAGGUCCAAGGGAUAUGGCUUCGUUCAUUACGAGACCGCCGAGGCCGCCGACACCGCCAUCAAGGCUGUCAACGGAAUGCUUCUCAACGACAAGAAAGUUUACGUCGGCCACCACAUCUCUCGCAAGGAACGCCAAUCCAAAAUGGAGGAGAUGAGGGCUCAAUUCACCAACGUAUACGUCAAGAAUAUUGACUCUUCUGUCACUCCGGGGGAGUUUGAGGCGCUCUUCCAACAAUUUGGCAACGUGACUUCUGCUGUCAUCCAGUUCGACGAGCAUGGCAACAACAAGGGAUUCGGUUUCGUCAACUUCGAGAGUCAUGAAGGUGCCCAAAGGGCUGUUGAAAAUCUUCAUGACAAAGAAGUGAAUGGCAAGAAUCUCUAUGUUGCUCGCGCGCAAAAGAAGGCUGAGCGCGAAGAGGAAUUGCGCAAGUCUUAUGAGCAAGCGAAGAUGGAGAGGCUUAGCAAAUAUGCUGGUGUCAAUUUAUACAUCAAGAACCUGGAGGAUGACAUCGAUGACGACAAACUUCGUGCUGAGUUCGAGCCGUUUGGUACCAUCACGAGCUGCAAGGUUAUGCGUGAUGAGAAGAACAUGUCCAAGGGUUUCGGUUUCGUUUGUUUCUCGUCCCCAGAUGAGGCUACCAAGGCUGUUGCCGAGAUGAACAACAAGAUGAUUGGCUCGAAACCUUUGUACGUUUCUCUGGCGCAACGCCGGGAAAUCCGCCGACAGCAACUGGAGAGCCAGAUUGCUCAGCGUAACCAGAUCCGCAUGCAACAGGCUGCGGCUGCUGGUAUCCCCGGCGCGUAUAUCAAUGGCCCUAUGUAUUAUCCUCCCGGUCCCAACGGAUAUCCUCAAGGUCGCAACAUGAUGGGUUACGGCCAGCCUGGUAUGAUGCCGCCUCGUCCUCGCUAUCCUCCCGGUGGCGCACAGGUGCCAGGUAUGGCUAUGCCCUACGGUGCACCGCCCCCUCAAUACGGUAUGCAAGGGUAUCCUCGCCCUCCCCGUCCUCCCGUUGCUCGUGGCCCCGGCUCAUCUCCAACCAAUUCAACAGCUCCCAUGCCUCGCUCUAACGUACCCAACAACAAUUCUCCACGCCCAGGCCCGCCUCCCAGCGGUGCAGCUGGUACGCGUCCACCUCCGGCGGGUGCUCCUGCGCCAGGCGCGCGCAACCAACAACCUUACAAACUUAACCCUCAGACUCGCAAUGCUCCCCCUGCGGUUGCUCCUGUUCCACCCCAGCCUGAGGUUCCCACUCUCUCGGCCGCGACUCUUGCUAACGCAUCGCCCAUGGAACAGAAGCAAAUGUUGGGCGAAGUUAUUUACAUGAGAAUUGCUCCUUUGCAUCCUGAUCUGGCCGGGAAGAUCACCGGUAUGCUUCUGGAAAUGGACAAUACCGAGCUUUUGCACCUGCUUGAUUCGAAUGAAGCUAUGGAUUCCAAGAUUUCGGAAGCCCUCAAUGUCCUGAACGAUUUCGCCAAAGGGCAGGAUAUGACUACUGCUGCUGCUUGAAAGAUUGCUGGAGGAGGCGGAGGCGGUGGGUGAUAGUGGGUAGUGCUUUUUGAGCAGCGGCUGGCUGCUCGUCCCUUCCUUUUUACCGUUUUCUCGCAACAAGAGUAGGGUUGGUCAUCCGUGACCUCUGCCUUUGCGCCGAGUGUCCGUUGAAUUCUGGGUAUUGGUGGUGGUCGUUCCUUUGUGUACUAGUAAAGGAACGGAGGUUGAUACAACUGCUUCUAUCUCAAAUGUGGUUUGAAU